AUAAACUUUUUUUCAGUAUGAUUGCUACGGAUUUGCGAAGAAUGGAGGAAACAGAAAUUGAUGCAUUGUAAUAAGCAGCUGUGGGUGAUGCAGCAGUUACAGUCAAUACAGAUCUUCCGGCCGAGGUUGUGCAGGUCCCUACCCUGGAACAAUUCAGACAGGGGAUAAAACCAAUCAAAAUGACAUAGAGGCUGCAUUCAGAAAGUCUACAGAAAGGCUAAGGAUUGCUGAUGAUAAGUAGUCAGUUGGAGUCGGUGUCAAAAAUCAAGCAAAGUGUUGAAAAAAACUGAAAAUGUUUCAUGACUUGUAUUAGUUAAAAGAGUGUGAUAAGAGCAUGACAUUUAGCAAAAAGAAGUGUUGAAAACUUUGUUGUAAGGUAUAGCUUGAAGAAAAAAAACAUCAGGAAGGGUGAAAAGACAUUUUAAAGAGUUUUUCACAUCUUCGCAAAGAUCAAUAUGAGUCUGAUGAAUAAGUUUGCCUUCUAUCCAACACUGUUCUACAAUGUGAUCAUGACGAAAGUGUCCAGUCGUAAAUGGUAUGACCGGAUUGAUGAGACCGUUCUGCUCGGAGCUCUCCCAUUCCGAGGAAUGACAAAAUGGUUUGUAGAGGAAGAGAAUGUAAAAGGAGUGGUAACACUGAAUGAAGAUUGGGAACUGGAACAAUUCUGUAAUACUGAGGAGGAAUGGAAGAAGGUUGGUGUAAGACAGCUGAAGGUUCCUACAGUUGAUUUUACAGCCAGUCCUAGUCAAAAUGACAUCAGAAAGGCAGUGGCAUUUAUAGAGGAUUACCGUAACAAUGAUAUAGGAAGUGUGUACGUACACUGCAAGGCUGGGAGAACUCGAAGUGCAACUGUUGUGGCAUGUUAUCUAGUCAAAAUUCAUGGAUGGUCUCCAGAAAAGGCAGUUGAGUUUAUCCAGGAGAAAAGACCUCAUAUAUGGCUAAGAGAUAAACAGCUAGAUUCUAUACAGCAGUUCUGGAAAGCAUGCAACAAGGAUAUACCUUCUGGGGCUUAGUCUAUGUGCAAUAUUAACACUUGUUAGAUCUAAAUAAUUAUAGAAUCAAGAUCUCAUUCACAUAUUUGUUAACAGGACACUCAGUUAAUUUGUUUUUAGAACAGUUAGUUGAUAUUAAUGUUUAUUUGGGGGGGGGGGGGUAGGUCAAUAUUUAGAUUAAGAUCAGUAUUAAAAUAAGUUCUUUAUUACAAAUUUUGAGUCUGUCUUCAGAAUCCUUUUAAUAUUAAUAAAAUUAUGUUUCAGACAUUUUGAGCUUCCAGAAUUUUGAAAAAAAAUCAGGUGCAUUAUAUUUUUCAUAGGGGUUAUGUAUAAAACUUGAAAAUCUCCUGGUAACCUGAAGGGGGAAGCCAUAGCAGAUUGAUUAAGGUUACUAACUGAAUCAUUUGCCACUUGAAACUUCUUAUGAGAUGCAGAAUUCUUUUAUGUGAGGAAGCCAUCUAGCUAACUAACGGAAGGUUGUAGUUAUACCUGGGUGCCUGCCCUUGCCUUAAAUAGUGCUUGGUGGGGCACUUGGUGUCUUCACCAACAAAAGCUGGAAAGUUCAGAUAUGACCUAAAUUAUGUGGGUUUAAGGUAAAACUCAACAAAACAAACAAACAAACCAGUUAAUCUGAAAGGGACAUAUAAGUUGGUAAUAAAACCAGAUUUUGUUUUAAUUUCACCAAUAUGGAAUGUUGUAGGCAUUUUCCUUUACAAAAUAAAAUCUGAGUACAUUUUUCAACUCUUUUUGAUUUUUUUUGAGUUACGUCCUUGAAGAGUUCAGUUAGGGAAUAUGUGCGUGAAAUGAUCUGAAUUUAAAAGGUAUACUAAGAUAAAAAUUUCACUCUUGAAAAUAUGAACAAUUACUACAUAACAUUAAGAAGUUUAUUUCUAUUUGUAUUUGUAACAGUACUAUGCAAUAUGUUUAAAACAGGGCACAUCUAAGGUAGUCCUAUGUAUGUCUAUUACCAGUAAAAAAGCUGGUAGUUAAUAUUCUAACAAACUGCUGUUACUGCAUGACAUUUAGCUAUAAGAGUAUUGUUUGAAAGCAUAGGAUGCAUUCAAGCAAAAUGAUAUAUAAAGUUAAAUUGGAUUUAAUGAGGAUAUUCUACAUUAGAAAUAAGUAUCUAAAGAUAAAAUAUUUCAGUAUAUUAUGGGCAUCUGGUAUCUGUAAUAGCAGUUUGAAUACAAGGUUUAGUGACAGUGGCCAAUAGAAAAAAAAACAGAAAAAAGCUAAAUUGUGUGUUUGUAUAAGAUCUAUUUGUAUGUUCUGAACUUGACCUCAUAUAAUUAGCAGCAAAAAUGCUAUUGUUUAGAACAUGUUAAAAUGUUCAUGCUGAGUUGUGCAAGUGCUAUUUAUUUGCUUAAAUGCUUGUUUGUAAGUUACUAUAUAAACAUUUCUGUCUCAGGUGUUGAGAAAAGUGCUGGUGUUCACUGUUCAGGUCCAGUAUUUUUGAGUCUUGUAAGAUCUAUAGCUUUGAAAUGUUGUUUAUUUGUUUAUUAUAGUCCGCAAAAUGUUGAUAUAUAUUUGAUAAGUCAUGAAAAGAUAAAUUGAUUGAAUUCCUUUUUCUUUGCAAGGACAUGAUUAUAAAAUGGAAGCAAAGUUCUACUUUGGUUAAAAUCCACAAAUUGUUGGCAGUUAUGGCCCAUUUUCAACUUGAAAGUUUUGUUGUUCAUUCAUAACUCUUGAACCGAUGAAUGGAGUGUCAGUACACAGUAUGUUAAUAAAAUGCAGGCUAAGUUCUAUUUUAGUUACAAACCCUAUUUGUUUGGUAGAAUAAUGGUCCUUUUCUGUACAGGAAGACAGUAUUAUGGGGGUAUUAUGUAGUCUGUUAGAAGGCUGAUAGUUGUAGUUGAUUAUAAUUGUGCUGGACUGAAUUGGCUAUUUGUUGUAGGAAAGUGUCUGUGCAUUUGCCAAGUGAACUGUUUCUUGAGCUUUGUCGGAUUGUUUAUAAAUUAUGCUGUUGUUUCUGUAUUUUAAUUGCUAAAAUACUCCAAAGAAAAUAUUAUGUUGUUUCUUCGACUUAAGCUACCAUUAGCUUUUGGCAUUUCCUGAGCACAAAGUGCUAAAUUGAGCAGUUGUGGUCACCCUGUUUGCAGCAUCAUUGUCAACAUUCUAUACUGUAGGGAUUACAAUUUUGACCAAAUCUGAAUGAAACUUUGUUUGAAAUGUACUCCUAAGUACAAUCUCGGACCAUUUUAUUACUCAGUCAUCUUGGUCCAAAUUCUAGGCCAAAAAAUCUUGUUAACUCUGUAGAGGGCUCAUUUUCUACUUGAUUUUUAUUAAACUUUUUCAGAAUGUUUAUCACUCUAAAAUCUAGUUAAAGGAUGAAACUAGGUUAGCUUAGAUAAAAAAAAUUGGUCAUUAUUCAUUGAAAGAAAUUACCCCUUAAGACAUCUCAAUUUCAGCCUAGCAUUCAUAAACUUUGUCAGACUGUUUGUAUCUGUUAAAUCUGCAUCAAAUUUUUAAGUGGAUUAACUGAGGUCACAGGUCUAUUCAAAGGAGACCUUUUUAACAGUCUAGAGCCCAUAUUUUUACCUGAUCUUUAUAGGAUUUUGGUAGAAUGUCACUGUAAAUUCUAGUGGAUUAUCUGAGGUAAAUAAAAAACAGGUUCACACUAUCAAACGAUAGAAAACUUUGCUAACAUUCUAGUGUCUACCUUUUCUACCUGAUUUUCUUAAGGUGUUAUCGGAAUGUUUGUUUAUUUAAAAUCUAGACUGAAUUGGAAACCUUGUUACCUAAGUUAAAAAAAAUCUAAGUCACUACACUAAAUGAGAGAAAAAUCUUGUUUGUACUUUUGAUACUUUACAGUGAUGUUUGUCUUCAUAAAAUCUGGUUUAAUGACAAAAGUGGGUUAACUGGGUUCAAAAACAUGUUACCAGAUUUAAAAUCUAGACUGAAUUGGAAACCUUGUUACCUAAGUUAAAAAAAAUCUAAGUCACUACACUAAAUGAGAGAAAAAUCUUGUUCGUACUUUUGAUACUUUACAGUGAUGUUUGUCUUCAUAAAAUCUGGUUUAAUGACAAAAGUGGGUUAACUGGGUUCAAAAACAUGUUACCAGAUCAGAUCAUAGAAAAAAGACUUGUUUACAUACUGGAGGACACAUUUUACACAGAUGAUCAUGAAAUCUUGCUGGAUUGUUUGUCUUCAUAAAAUUUAUGUUAAGUGUGAAACUGUGUUGCAAUGUCAAAUUCAUAGAAAAAAACUCGGUUAACUGUACAAACUGAUUUACAUACAUGUAAAACCUGGUCAGAAUGUCAAAUCAAAGAAAACCCCUGUGUGUGGAGGGGCUUCAUUUAUGACUGGAUAUUCGUGAAAUUUGAUCAGAAUGAUUUUCUUGGUGAAUUUUAGGUUAAGUUUGAAUCUUGGUCGUCUUGGGACAAACACUAGGUCACCUGGUCAAAUCAAAAAUAGUUCUUGUGUAUGCAAUAGGAGCUGCAUUUUUCACUUGAUGUGCAAGAAACUUGGUCAGAAUAGUUGUCUCCAUGAAAUGUCGGAUGAGUUUUAUCUAGGUCACGUAGGGUAAAAAACUAGGUCACCAGGUCAAAUAAAAAAGCUUGUUUACACUUUAGGCGCCACAUUUUGAUUCUGUCUUUAUAAUACUUGGUCAGAAUGUCUUUGGAUGAUUUCGAAUCUGGGUCACGUCGGGUCAAAAACUAGGUCACUAGGUCAAAUCAAUGGAAACGCUUGUUUACACUCUAGAUGCCACUAUUUUGCUCCAAUCAUUCCGAGCUGUUGUCUGAAUGUUUGUUCUCAUGAAAUUUUGGACGAGUUCUAAUCUAAUGUGGGGGUCACAAAUUAGGUCUUUAGGUCAAAUCAAAGUAAAUGCUUGUUUACACUCUAGAGGCCACAUUGUUGGUUCAAUCUUAAUGAAAAUUGGUCAGAAUAUUUAUCUCCAUGAAAUCACUAUGUCAAACAUGUUCACACUGUUAUGGUAUGUUACUCAGGUGAGCGACCUAGGGAUAUCUUGGCCGUACGUUUUGUUUUAAAACUCACACAACUCGACAUAAGUGAAAAAUUCGUUUUGUAAAAGUGGCAUAUUGCGUUAUGAUACAGACAUUCAAUUUUUUCCAUGUAAAACCCAAAAUCAAGCAAAAGGAGGAAGGGGACACUUUUGCAAUGUCACAGAGAGAGAGAGAAGACAUUUGUACAAGCAUUUGUACUAAUAUAAAGUUUUAUAUCAUUUUAUAUACGUUAACAUAGCUGAUGCACAAUCUGUUGAAAUAAAUGAAACAAAAGUC